AUGAGACCUUUGAUGAAGCAUGGGAGAGACUUAAAGGAUACACUAGAGAAUGUCAUCAUCAUGGCUUCAAACAAGAAGCUAUCCUUACUACCUGUUGAGAAUUUGGCCAAGAGUAAUGAAAGAUACAAGGAGCUUGAUAUUGAAGCUUGUAAAGAUGGUCAAGGUGAGGUGGAGCUUUGUUUUCAGCAAGAGUUUGUUCCACAAGGGCAAGUUGCUUCAAAGCCUCAAGAAAUGGAGUUGAACAGCAUGUUCCAACAACUUCUCAAGGGACAAAAUGAGAUCACCAGAAGAGUGAAGAGUUCUUACAAUGAUCCCCACAAAAAAAUAGAGAGUUUAACCUCUCAAGUGAAACACAUGGAGAUCAAAGAUCAUGAAGCUGCUAUAAAUGAGAUAGAACGUCUGCUCUAUAGUACACAACAAGACAUUGCUCUUCGAGGUCUUUCUUCACAAGAAAAUGAGGACAUUGAGCAACUCAGUAGGGAGGUGACCCUUGAAACUGAAGUUUUUGCUAUAAAAGACGUCCAUAGAGCUUCUAGAGACAAGGUUCAGAUUGUUGCUGAAGAGAAGGCCAAGCAAAAGCUCAAGAAGGAAGAAAAGUCUAUUGAGCCGCCAGCCUACGUGCCUCCAAGUCUCUGUGAUGAGUUUCAACACUUUGAGAUGAAGUAUGUGGGGAAUUGUGGAAUGAAAGAGAAGGAUCAGCCUCUUAGAGGUUGUGAGAAAAAGAAAGAACGCCAAAGAAAGCUUGAUCUUGAGUUCAUUGAUGGUGAGAAGUUCUUUAGUGAUGAUGAGGAUUGCUUGAAACUUCAAUCUUCUACACAAAUGAGGAAAGAAGUUUCUUGCAAAGUGGUUCAAGAGAAAGGUGAAAGUCCUAAUUCUAAGAUAAAGAAGCCUAAAGAAGCUCACUCUCCUACCAUUUCCAAGAAGAAACCAAGCAAGACCAAGGAGGAAGAAACUUUGCCAGACAAAUCCUCCACUACCACUCUCAUUCCAUUGACUCAUCAAGAUGGAGUGAUUGAGUAUAAGGUCAAGUGUAGAGGAGGGUCUAAGCCAUUUGCAAAGGUCAGAGCAGUUCUCACUCAAGAGCUGAAGGACAAAGGUGAAGAUGGUAUUGAGGAACUCAUGAGGAAAGUGGUGAGGCUUGAAUUCAAAGAAAAUCCAGGGAGUUCUCUACUCUCUCUCUCUCUCACUAAGCAAAAGGGUUGA